GAAACACUUUUAAGCGCGUGUUAGCUAACCCGGAAGUGACUUCGAACACGCGAGUUAGACUGAAUCGUUGUCGUUACGAAGGCACCGGUGGAGAUAGCCUCUGUAUUAUUUUGGAAACCUGACCAUAUAGUCCAUCAAACAUGAGUCUGUUAACAAAGCCCAAAUCGGAGAUGACCCCCGAGGAGCUCCAGAAGCGCGAGGAGGAGGAGUUCAACACGGGGCCGCUGUCGGUGCUCACCCAGUCGGUGAAGAACAACACCCAGGUCCUCAUCAAUUGUCGCAACAACAAGAAGCUGCUUGGAAGAGUCAAGGCCUUUGACAGGCAUUGCAACAUGGUCCUGGAGAACGUGAAGGAGAUGUGGACGGAGGUUCCCAAAAGUGGAAAGGGAAAGAAGAAGUCAAAGCCCGUCAAUAAGGACCGCUACAUUUCUAAAAUGUUCCUCAGAGGGGACUCUGUGAUCGUUGUCCUGAGAAACCCUCUCAUCACAGGAAAAUGAACUUCUGAAAAGGUUCCGCCUGUAUCGCUCGUAGUUUUCCUGAAGGUUUUGACGGCAUGGGGGGCUGUCGUAGGUUCACCUCUUUGUUUUUUGCUUUUGCCGUUGAGUUAUUGAAGACACUGUUGAGACAGAGAAACCGUCAACAUAAAUGUUUCCACUCUUAAGAUGUGUCUCCAGGGGUUAAGGGCAGCAGAUGCUGACUUUUUUGAUUUUGUCUUUUUCAUUUUGAUAAUAAAAAUAAUGCAUAAAUGACAAA